ACGCGCAGUCAAGCCCAGUGCUUCGUCUUCACAGCAUUGCGCCACGUGGACAACGGGCGCACGUGGCCUUGGUGACGAAAACUAUGGCGGCCAUGGCGGGAAGAAGGUGUACGCGGACGGUCAUCCGUUCCAUCUCUGUGGUGUUAGAAAGGGGCAGCGGGGGUCCGCUUCCCGCAGGCGGCAUUUCAGCCGCCGCGACGAGAGAGAGCCACGUGUCGUGCCAUGCGCGCGCGUUCGGCCAAUUGCAGCUUCAGAGCGGAUCCGCCGGCGAUGCUUCUGCUUCUCCUCCCUUGGCGACGGCGGCUUCUUCUUGCUCCUCCUCCCCUCGCACGUUCUCCACCUCCCACGUGCCAGGAAUGACAGCCGCGUGUCGCCGCGUGGUCAGGGCUCAUCCACCUGCAACGUGGCACUCUUCCUCCUCUCUGACGCAAGGCCGCCGUCAAAUCGCUGGCUGGACCAGUAAUCGAGCCGCGCAGGAGUUGUAUAAUCGACAUCGCCAGAUCGUUGUGCUAAACGACAAAGAACCGGAUGUAGCUGUUGAUGCUUACGUGGCACCCAAUGCGACGCUGAUUGGUGACGUGGAAAUCGAAGAUCGGGCCACGAUUUGGUAUGGUUGUGUGUUGAGGGGCGACCUCAGCAAAGUCAAGGUGGGGUUCUACUCCAGCAUUCAGGAGAAGAGUGUGAUUCACAGCGCGCCGAAGUCGGCGGGGGUAUCUUCCUCUGUUGCGUCUGAUACCGUCAUCGGGCGAUACGUGUCAGUAGGAGCGGGGUGUACCUUGCGCGCUUGCACAAUCGAGGACCAGGUGGUCGUCGGCGACCGCUGCGUGGUGAUGGAAGGAGCGGUCGUCGAGAAGAAUGCGAUCCUCGAAGCGGGGUCUGUCGUUCCGCCCGGUCGUUUGAUUGGCGGGAAAAAGUUGUGGGGGGGAAACCCUGCCCGAUACGUGAGAGAUCUGACGACCGACGAGAUCGCCGCGAUCCCGACGUUAUCCGUGGCAAUGAAUACAGUGGCAGGAGAGCACGCGUCGGAGUUCCUGCCUUACUCUUCAGCGUACUUGGAAGCAGAGGCGCUCAAGGAGUCACUUGCUGGGAAAGCCACCGCCACGUGACAUCCAUCAUCAUAGGAUCGAUCGGACGUGUCUGAUUAAUCAAUCACGUGGCUCAACAACCCGUGUCCAAUUAAUUAAUCAAUGAAUCAGCGGCUUAAUCACACGUCCAAUCGAUCAUCGGGUUCGAUCGAGGCACGUACGUAUAAUCAAUCAAUCAGAGGUCUAAUCGUGCGUCUAAUCAAUCAUCAUCGGGUUCGAUCCCGCGUCUGAAAGUCAAUCGAAGCAAUCAGCGGCUUAAUCAUGCGUCGAAGUAGUCAUCAGCGUGUUCGAUCACUCGUCUAAUCAAUGGACGGGUUCGAUCGUUGGUGAUGUCAAUCAUUGGUGAUUUCAUUACGUGAUGAUGGUGAUAUGAUGAUAUCAAUCAUCGGGUUCCAGCAGAUGAGAAGGAUCAUCGAGUGUUCGGAGACUUCUCUCUUGCUUGAUUCCCCCCCCCCCCCCCCCCCCUCCCCCCCUUCCUUCUGGUCUGUAAUUAGGACGAUCGGGUAGACGAGGAAAAUUAUAAUGUGAGUAGAAGUGUAAUCAAAUUCCUCCUUUUAUCAUCAGCCCGACCCAAAAUCAAUCAAUCAAUCAAUCAAUCAGUCAAUCAAUCAUCAAUCGAUUGUUCAAUCAAUCAAUCAAUCAGUCGAUUGUUCAAUCAAUCAAUCACGUCAGUCAAUCAAUCAAUGCAGCUCAUGAUA